AUGGCGGAGUUCCCUAAUUUCGGACAACAUUGUGCCGUCGAUCUCUGUAAUCGUCUAGGUGCGUUUUCUCUUUACAAAGAUCUUUGUUAAGACAUGCUUUUCAUUUUAUAUUUCAGACUUUCUUCCAAUUAAGUGCGACUCGUGUACUCGUAAGUUUUGUACGGAUCAUUUCACCUACGAGGCACACUCCUGUGAAAGUUCUUCCCAUAAGGUUUUUUCGAAUUGAUUUAUGGAAAAAGUUGAAUUAUAAAUAACAUCGCUUCUUUUCGAAAAUUUUAACGGUGUUUGGGCGUGCAUUUUCGACAGUAGAAAAUCUAUUAAAAACGAUUUAAGACAUUGAGGGCUUUUUUUCCACCAUAAAAAAACCUAUAAAACUUCUUUUGAUCGUUUCUAAAAAAAUUUUUUUAAAUUUUUUUCAGCGGUUCAAAGCGAAUUUUUUUCUCCUGUUAAUAAUUGAAGUGAAAAAAAUUUUUUUGAUGAAAAAGUUAUACCUAUAACUCGCGAUUUUUUUAUUUUUGCUGUUUUCAUUUGCUCGAAAGAAUCCAGCCGCUAAAUCAAUAUUAGUUAUUCAUAGUGGAAUUUUUCAGCAUUUUACCUGAAUUUUCGGAUAUCUUGAAAGUAUUCAUUCAGAAUGCACAAGUUCCAAUAUGUCCUAUCUGUAGUCUGCCUGUCCCAACGCCUAGAGGAACUCCUGUUGAUUAUCAGGUGAAUAAACUGUACUAAAUAAACUAUCCCGUUUUUUCAGGUUAAUGAACAUAUUCAAAAUAAUUGUUCGGUUAAUAAAACGAAGAUCUUCACCAACAAGUGUAACAGAGCGGGCUGUAAAAAGAAAGAGGUUUUUUGUUGCGAUUUUUUUCGGAGUGAGUUAUGGUUUGCUUUGCAGUUGAUACCGGUUACGUGCACCAGAUGUAAGCGAAACUUCUGCCUCGGCCACAGACACGAAAGGGACCACGACUGCGAGGAAUUCAUGAAGACAGCACCACACAAAAAAGGAGGCGUGUUUGGUUUCACGUGCGUUUUACACAUAUAUAAAACAGUCUUGCAGUGGACGAAUGAGUUCAGUUGCCUUUCAUACUAGUUUUUGUUUUUCAGACUGCCGGCUGCCCUUGGGAACUGCAGGUCACAAGUUACGAGGUCGCAAGAAUCCCAAGACGAACAACUCGCCCGAGCCUUGCAAGAAGAGGAAUAUUCGUACGUCUAAAUAUGACUCGUGUUGUUCCUAAGGACUCUUAAUCACAGAGAAACGCCGAAUCGACGCAACAACUCGAACAGCAACUGUUCUGUUUCAUAACCUUAUGUUCAUACCAAUUGUAAAAAUGAGAAAAAUGUGAUACAUUCCCACAUGUCAUAAUGUACCCUACUAACAGUUCAUAAAAUUUAUUACUUCCGGAGUUUUUCAAUUUUUUUCCAGUUAUGAACAGACCAUGUGGUCCAGUUGCUUCAAAAUAUAAUUAAGCUCAAGAUUUAGAGCUUCGAAAACAAAAGCCAUGUCCAUCGCCAUAACGAUUUGUCGAGUCAAUAAAAAAUGCCGUUGACAAUCGGCCUUGGGGCAAAAAAGCACAGCUGCAACUGCGAGCCCAGUUGUAAUUCCGGGUGCUCGAAGGCGAUAAAUCGCGUGUCGCUUGAGGGCCUCGACGCCUUUUGACGCGUUGUUGUGGCCGGCGCCGCAGAUCUUUCUGUGGUUUGUCGCUUUUUUGUGCUCUUCAACUGACUUUUUCGUCCUUUGAUUGCCGCGGUCAAGCCCUGACUCUUACUUCUGCAGAAAAUAAUCAUGCCUCUGAAUAGAAGAUCGCCGGAACAGCUGGUCCUCCUACGGAAAAAGUUUGUCAUCUCUUGAUGCAUUUUCUGGCUCAGAAAGUGAACUGCUCCAUUUGAAAACUCACUCCCUCACUUGAAGAAAUUAUCAAGGUCUUUUGAACCGAGUUUGAAUGAGUGGUCGAGAAAGAAGUUCUUUUCAAGACCCUGACCAGUGAUUUAGGAAAGUUCUAAAAUGUUUCAGAGGAGCCCCAUGGACGAGUGCCGCCGUUUUUGUUUUUCUAAUUUUCACGCUUGCCGCCAUGUUCUAUUUGAUAUACGGCCGUUGGAUAGUCAUACCGAAUUCCGAAAGAUCCGAGCCUAUCUAUGACAGAAGUAUGAGGUUGUUGGGGAAAGGCGGAGCCAACGGAGAUCGGAAAAACGUAAACAAUCAAUGUGAGUUGAAGUGUUUCUAGAGAAAUAGCUCCAUGUUUAGGUGGUUCCCAUCAUGGGCCAAAGAGGACAAGAGUCGACGGCGGCAGGGCCAUUGUCUUACCAAAUUCCGAAUACAGUCAUUUCGAUCAUGUUGUAAUAUCCACUACCUCAAGUUCGAUUCCUUCUGACGCGAAAACUACGGAAAGCACGACUCUCAACUUUACAACUACCACAACUGCACGAACUUCGGAAGCUGACGAACAAGAAAAGGGAGCUUCUGGAUCCGACGUCAAGGUUAAACAGGAAAAAUUAGGGUUUCUUCAAAAUUCACGCUACCGUUUUUCAUUCUCGUCAUUCAAGUUAGGAGUGAGUUCAGAUAUCUCAGCUUCUCUAUAAAAAAUCCUCUCUAUUUUUUCCUUUAAGACUGAGAAAUUCCAAUGGCCUCGUGAAAUCAGAAGUACCGUCCAGGAGCUGAAGAACUUCGCUGUUUUGACGAACCAUGAAGAGUGUAGCCGCAUCUCCAGGUAGGCUGAUAACUUCGCAGAAGUUCUAGAGCCCCUCUAAAAAAAUUCCUAUUUCCAGAGAUACGCUGGUCCGCGGAGGCAACGCUGUCGACGCCGCCAUUUCGGCUGAGUUCUGCCUUGCCGCAGUUCAUCCACAUGCCACUGGUCCUGGAUUCGGGCUUGUUGUAACCCUUCAUUCUGAGUUCGGAAUUACUUUUUCAUCAUUUUGUGAAUUCAAACUUUCAGAAAAGAUGGCAAAACCUAUACGAUCGACGGUAGAGAGAGAGCUCCUAGAACAGCCGUGCCACACACUUUCGCGGAUAACCCAAACUUGGCAAAACUGGGUAUUUUUGAUCUCAUGUUCAAUGAGAGAGAAGAGUUACAGGCUACUCCUCGAUUUGUACUCCGGGGUGGGUCUCCGUUUUGUGGACAUUAUUUCGCCGUUUCGGAUCUGGUCGAAUAACUUGGAAAGACCUUGUCACUCCAGCUGCCCGACUAAUUCUCAAUGGUAAACAAGAAAAUUAAUGAGGUAAAGUUUCAGUUUCAGACGCUGUAUACGUGGAUCAUUUUCUUGAAAGAGCAAUCAGAGAACAUCACAGCACUUUGAAAUCCGAAAAAAGCUUCAGGUUUCAGAUUCGAAGCAUUCUAGAGAUUUUCGCUCAGACCAAUAUUGAACUCAACCACGACGAGUGGUUCUUCGAUCAAAGACGUCGCCUUGGCAGAACUUUUCCACAAACUCGCUGUCGCUCCCGACCCUGUGGAGUUGUUCUACCGUGGGGAACUAGCGGAUGACGUCUUCAUGGAGAUGAGAAAGCGUGGAGGACUUCUGAGAAAGUCAGACUUCGAAUCCUACGAAUGCGUCGUUUCUGAGACGGUCACUGUGGAUAUUCACUAUUCGCAGCUCCGAGGACCUCGAUUUCCUUCUUACUUCUCUCUUCUUAAGUAUUUUUUUCGUGACAUCGCCGGUAGGUUUUUUUGCAGAGUGCUAUAAAGAUGAGCUCAUUAUAUAAUUUAAAAAAACUUUCUCAAAAAAUGCCUAUAAUUUUUUUUAGUUCACCAGUUUUUUUUUUCAGUAUUAGGGUAGUUUACACUUCCUUAUAACGAUUUUGUGCAAAAGCCUAUGUGAAAAAUUUCCAAUGGUUUCAUUUAUCCCAAUUUCAGAAGUUUACGGGAUCUCAGACGAGUUAAAUAAUGAUCCAGAUUUUUUUGAAAGUGUUCUUAAAGCAUUGUCGCACAUGCAGAAAAUAAAAAAAUACGUCGGUACGUUUUUUUGUGUUUAAUCUCAAAAUGAAGAAAAAAGUUUUCAGCUGAUGAUCAGGUAGACAAACAAGUGAAACGCCUUAUCGAAAUGCAUAGAAGUGGUUCGCCCGUAGAGGAAGAAGUGAGACUGUUUGAAAAACGCUUCAUGAUUUCGGAAUCUCAGAAGAAGAUUGAAACGUCUUCAAACGUGAUCACAAUCGACAACAAGGGAAACGUGUUGAGCAUGGCUUCAACCAGCACAAAUGCGUGAGUUUUCCGUUUGAUAACAUCGGUACGAAGUUUCGCUUCUUAUCUGCAGGUUUGGCUCUAUUCGACGAUCGAGCAAACUGGGUUUUGUAUGGAACAAUGCCAUGUCUUCUUUCAAAACAGACUGUGAAAAAGGAGUCGUUAACUGUAUUCUAGGAGGGAAACGUCCAGCUAUCCAUGUUUCCCCCUUCAUACUUUUCGAUGAAGAAGAUCAGGUUGAUUAAGAAGACUUCUUGAAGAAAAGACUCAAAAUUCAAGUAAUUUUUCAGCCGAUAAUGGCUUUUGCUAGUACUGAAGGCGGUUUAGAAACGACGGCACAAGUAAUUUUACAUCAUAUCAUAUUAAGAAAGGUGAGGGAAGUCACAGAGAAAGAAAGAAGGAAAAUUCAGCCUAUUCCUGCUGCAAUCGACAUGCCAAAACUCUUCCUAAUGGCGCCGGACGUGGUAAAAUAUGAAUCUGGAGUACCGCAGGUAAUUGAACUAUUUGAUGAAAAAUGAGACCGAGUUUCCAGGAACUUCUACGAAGUUUGCGAGAGAAAUAUCGAACCAAAAUUGCCGAAGAGCAUAAAGCUAUCUAUGUCCUGCAUCGUCUAACGAAAAACAUCACCGAGGCGAUUUGCGACUUCCGACAACCGAAUAGUUGCUAUCCGAUGGGACAAUAA